GGAUUUUCAUUUUUUUAAAUGUAUUCAUGUUAGCUAACUGUAUGAUCUUGAACUGUUAAUUUGUGAAAUGAACAUUACUUGGACACAUUCACUUCUGGUAACAGAUCGCUUUUUGUAAAGCUGCGCUGGAACGUUGUGAAAAGCGCAAUACAAAUAAAUUAGAAUUCAAUUAUUUGACCGAAUUAAUUAAUUGGCGUCGUGUAAAUGUUUCUAAUAAACGGAGAGCUGAAUUUUUCGACCCCUAGUGGACAAAACCCAUGAAAACAAAGACAGGAAACGCCGCCAUCGCGUUGACUCAUGGGAUUUGUAGUCCAUAUGCGUGUGAUGUGUUUCAAAGCAUCUGCUCACUCGAUCACUCACUGUUCCUGCACUUAUUUCACUCAUAUGAGUUCAGUCCAGCGUCACGUGAGAGACACACAGACAGCUCACUAUAAAUGAUUGAUAGCGCAUAAACUCCUCAUUCUGGUUCCACCGAGCGGAUCAGCAGUAAGGACAGCCCUCGGACAGAGAACGCAGUGAUCGGAGGCUGCACUAGUGCACUGGACUCCGUAGUGUGCACUGCGCCAUCAGUCAGUAUGGACGCGUGGAACGCGCGCGUGCUCGCGGCAGUGACAGUGAUCGGAUUCAUUCAGUUCGUGUCCACUGUGACCCUCCUGCUGCACUUCACUGGACACAUCACACAGAUAGAUUCAGUCACAGCGCUGAAGAACCACUCCGAGGCGGUUAUUAAAGAGUCUAUCCUGAGUGAGAGACUAACACAUGACGAAGAGAAGAAACGCAGACGGUCGUCACCAGCUGCUCACCUGCCCAUCAGACCAUCCAGACAGACACAAAGAGAUGUUCAUGCCACGGUGCUGCACUGGAACCCUGACCAGGGUCAUCUCUCGCACUUGGGCUACCGCCACGGACGGAUUCUUAUCCAGAAGUCGGGGUUGUACUACAUAUACGCCAAAACCUGUUUCCGUCACUAUGAGAGCCUGGAGACGGACUCUGGAUCCGGUCCGGGUUCGUCUCAGACCGCUGUGCAGCUCAUCCAGUACAUUCAUCAGGAGCGCUUCUCUCGGAGCGCGGCGUCCAGCUCGUCGGUGCUGAUGAAGACGGGCAGCACACGCGUGUGGAGGAGAGGAGGCUAUCACAUGUGCUGUCAGCAGCAGGGCGGCGUGUUCUCACUGCGGCCCGGAGACGCUCUGUACGUCAGCGUGUCCAACUCCUGGAUGCUGGACCCCGAGGCUGAAGGAAGCUACUUUGGGGCUUUCAGGAUCAGCAAAUGAAGAAGCGUGACUCUCUGUGAGGGGAAACGGCUCAGUGUGGAUUUUCAAAUUUAAAAAAAUAGCAUAACCAUUUACAUAACGUACAUAUUUAGUUAGGGAUGUAACGAUUAACCGCAAACUGGCUGAAAAUCAAUUCAAGUAUGUGAUGAUUCAAAUCGGUUGAGAUGCUGAACAAAUCACGAUUCAUUUAGUGGCAGGAGAUUAUAUGAAUAUAUGUCUGAGAGGA